AUGUUCGGCACUCCGUCUUCCUCGCCGGCCUUCGGCACUCCCUCCUCCACACCGAUCUUCGGUUCCUCCUCCGCCCCCGCCUUCGGCACUCCUUCCUCUACCCCCGCCUUCGGCACUCCGUCAUCAACCCCCGCCUUCGGUACAGUUUCAUCAACGCCGGCGUUCGGAACGCCGUCGAUAUCUUCCUUCGCCUCAGGCGGAUUCGGCACCUCACUCUUCUCCACUCCUUUCUCAUCGCAACAGCCACAGCAACAACAACAACAGCAACAACAACAAACGUCGCCGUUUCAGCAACCGACGUCUUCUGGAUUCGGUUUUCAGUCACCGUUCAACGCUCCGCAGCAGCAGCAGCAGCAGACGCCUUUCCCUAAUACGCAAUUGACUACUCAGAUGGCUCCCGUUGCUCCGAUUCCUUUCUCCCUCGCCGAUCGUGAUAUCCAGGCAAUCGUUGAAGCGUAUAAGGAAGAUCCGACGAAUCCGAAGUAUGCGUUUAAGCAUCUUUUGUUCAGUGUGACGGAACAGCAGUAUCGUGUGAAGCCUGCUGCUGUAUCUGAUAUAAUGUGGGCAGAGGCUAUGAGCAAACUUGAAGGCAUGGAUUCAUCAGAGAGAGAGCGUCUGUGGCCUCAGCUUGUGCAAGGUUUUAAAGAUCUUUCUCAGCGACUUAAGCUUCAAGAUGAAGUUCUCGUAUCAGAUAGGGAAAGAAUAAAAACGACUCAGAGCAACGUGAAAAUGCUUCAGAGACAUUUACAAGCACAUACCUUUCCGUCUAUUGAAAGGUUGAGACAGAAGGAGCAGAAUCUUCAAAGACGCAUGUUGAGGGUGAUGAGGAUAGUAGAGGGAUUAGAGGGGAAGGGUUUCCGGUUACCCUUGACAAAAGGAGAGGCCGAGCUGUCUGAGAAGUUAACUGGAAUAACAAGACAGGUGAAAGGUCCUGGAGCAGAGCUAUCUAGGAGGGUGCAAAGUCUGCAGACAAUAUGUCGCGCUCAAUCAAAUUCCUUUUCUGCUGGUAGUUCCAUUUAUCUCCCGGGUUCAACCAAAAUAGACGAGCAGAGCCUAAUUGAUAUGCAGGAGGUAUUGCAACAAGAGACAGAAGCAAUAGGAAGGCUUGGAAACGUAUUGAAGCGAGACAUAAGGGAUAUGGAAAUCAUGGUCGCUGAAGAUACAGAAAUGACCGAGGACACAUAG